CUGCAAAUCAUAAUUCCCUUUAUAGAAACUGUUCGAAAUCUCUACAGUUCUUCCAACACUUCAGUGAGUAAUGAUGGCAAAAAUUGGGAGGGACGGCAAAUUCGCGAGUCUGUCGAAGUGUAUUCUGCGAGGAGGCAUCCACGACAACGUAGUUCGGUAAAACGACGAAUUAUGCCCCAGCCAAAUAUACCAAUCGUUCUGGGUCCUUCAAAACACUCGGCGGAAGCUCUUGCAUUAUCGAGUAGUUUACAUGGAUCAGGUGAGUUAUUCAUUCAUACAAAGAGAGAGAGGGGGGCUAUGCCAGCAGAGGAUAGUCGAAGACGAAUGAAGAACAUGACUGUUGAAUUUUCCCGUUAA